AUGCACCGAAUAUGCAUAACCAACACGGACGCAAAACCUGUCGCUCCUUUUCCUUUCUUCCCGAAGUCUCUUCUUCUGGAUCGUCAGCCCACAACCGACACCCAAGGCCAAAACCCGACGAGAUCCUCUUCUCCCUCCACCCCCACUCCAGCCACACAGAGCAAGGCAGGCAAUCGCGUCACCACCGUCGACCCCCCCGUCCGUCGAGGUAUGAGACAGGAGGCCGCCAGCCUGGUGGUCACCCGCGAAGACCACCGGCAGCACCACCACAGCCGCCCGCCGCCUCCCGACGAGGAGGACGGGGAGGAGGAGGAGGAGGACACGGAUGCCGUGGCCCCGUCGUCCUGCGCGACGAUCCUGCUGCGCCGGGUGAGCGGCGAGGCCGAGGCGGUGGAAAGUGAGGAGCCGCUGCAGCUGGUCCCGCCGCUCAACUUCGCCAUGGUGGACCACGGCGUGUACCGCUCCGGGUUCCCGGACGCCUCCAACCUGCCCUUCCUCGAGACCCUCCGCCUCCGCUCCGUCCUGUGCCUCUGCCCGGAGCCGUACCCGGAGGCCAACCAGGAGUUCCUCCGUGCCCACGGGAUCAGGCUGUUCCAACUCGGAAUCGACGGCUCCAAGGAACCCUUUGUGAGCAUUCCCGAAGACAGAAUCCGCGAGGCUCUGAAAGUUGUUCUAGACACAAGAAACCACCCGGUGCUUAUUCACUGCAAGCGUGGAAAGCAUCGAACUGGCUGUGUUGUUGGAUGCUUGAGGAAACUGCAGCGCUGGUGUCUAACAUCAGUAUUCGACGAAUACCAGCGUUUUGCUGCUGCGAAAGCAAGAGUUUCUGAUCUAAGGUUUAUUGAGCUAUUCGACGUCUCAAGCUUAAAGCAUUUACCCGCGUCUUUCUCAUGUUGA